UCCAGCGACAUUUUUCUAUUUCUCAGGGAAUUUAUGGCUCCCUGAGAUUGGCCGGGCCCUAGGAGGAAGCUUGUCUCCGGGGUGUGGGGACUGUAUCUGGAUCUCCAGCCUCCUGGCAGCAAUUCCGAGAGGGGAGAAGAAGUGUGGCUUGGCCCAGGCUGUGCAGAAAAUCCGAGGGUCGAGUGACAUCUUGUUCGAGCGGAUCUGGCUCCGGACUACAUUUCCCAGACACCCUGGCGGGUAUAGGGCUGACCCUUCACUCGCCUGCGGGACCCUAGGCCUCCGGGGAAGGGGAAGUGCAAGCUCUGCUUUUCUCAGAGAGGUCCCCAGGGAGAAGGAGGAAUGGCUGUUGACCAAGCCAAAUACAAGGUAUUAUCAACUCCAUAUGGUAAGAGUAUGUUUGAUUUUGUACGAAGCUGCCAAGCUGUCUUCCAAACUGGCUGUACCAUUUUGCAUUCUCAUCAGCAAUGAAUGAGAGUUCCUGUUGCUCCACAUCCUGGCCAGCAUUUGGUGUUAUCAGUGUUCUGGAUUUUGGCCAUUCUAAUUGGCCUGCCUUCUCAGAACACUAUCCUUUUCCAGGAGAACAGCCCCAAGGAGGAGUGAUCACCUCCUGUAAUACUGAAAGCCAUGGCCCAGGGAUCAGUGAUGUUCAGUGAUGUGUCUGUAGACUUCUCUCAAGAGGAGUGGGAAUUCCUGGACCCUGCUCAGAGGGACUUGUACAGAGAUGUGAUGUUGGAGAACUAUAGCAAUCUGGUGUCAGUGGGACUUUACAUUCCUAAGCCUCAAGUUAUCUCCUUAUUGGAACAGGGGAAAGAGCCCUGGAUGAUUGGCAGAGAGCUGACAAGAGGCCUGUGUUCAGAUCUGGAAUCAAUGUGUGAAACCAAGUUAUUAUCACUAAAGAAGGAAGUUUAUGAAAUAGAAUCAUGCCAGAGGGAGAUGAUGGGACUUACAAAGCAUGGCCUUGAAUACUCCAGUUUUAGAGAUGUUUUGGAAUAUAGAAACCACUUUGAAAGACAAGUGGGAUAUCAAAAUGGGCAUUUCAGCCAAGAAAUAUUCACUCAUGAAUACAUGCCCACAUCUAUUCAACAGACAUUCUUUACUCUACAUCAAAUAAUUAACAGUGAAGAGAAACCAUAUGAAUGUAAGAAAUGUGGAAAGAUCUUUAGUCAGAAUUCACAAUUUCUUCAACAUCAGAGAAUUCAUAUUGGCGAAAAAUCUUAUGAAUGUAAGGAGUGUGGGAAAUUCUUUAGUUGUGGCUCACAUGUUACUCGACAUCUGAAAAUUCAUACCGGUGAAAAACCCUUUGAAUGUAAAGAAUGUGGAAAGGCCUUCAGCUGUAGCUCAUACCUUUCUCAACAUCAGAGAAUUCAUACCGGUAAGAAACCCUAUGAAUGUAAGGAAUGCGGGAAGGCCUUUAGUUAUUGCUCAAAUCUUAUUGACCAUCAGAGAAUUCACACUGGUGAAAAACCGUAUGAAUGUAAAGUAUGUGGGAAAGCCUUUACUAAGAGCUCACAGCUUUUUCAACAUGUGAGAAUUCAUACAGGUGAGAAACCCUAUGAAUGUAAGGAAUGUGGCAAAGCUUUUACUCAGAGCUCAAAGCUUGUACAGCAUCAGAGAAUUCAUACAGGUGAGAAACCCUAUGAGUGCAAAGAAUGUGGCAAAGCCUUUAGUAGUGGCUCAGCACUUACUAAUCAUCAGAGAAUUCACACUGGGGAGAAACCCUAUGAUUGUAAGGAAUGUGGGAAGGCUUUUACUCAGAGCUCACAACUUCGUCAGCAUCAGAGAAUUCAUGCUGGUGAGAAACCUUUUGAAUGUCUUGAAUGUGGGAAGGCCUUUACUCAGAACUCACAGCUUUUUCAACACCAGAGAAUUCAUACAGAUGAAAAACCAUAUGAAUGUAAUGAAUGUGGAAAGGCCUUUAAUAAAUGCUCAAACCUUACUCGACACCUCAGAAUUCAUACUGGUGAAAAGCCCUAUAACUGUAAGGAAUGUGGAAAGGCAUUUAGUAGUGGCUCAGAUCUCAUACGUCAUCAGGGAAUUCAUACUGAUGAAUUCACCUGUGACGGCCUCGCCACGCCCCCAUCGCGCCUUGGGGAGGGGCUUGGAGAGCUCCCCAACCUGCGCAAGGUCUUCUGGGAGAUGUGGUUCCGCCGCCUGGCCGCGUCUUCUGCUUGCGCACGGGCACCACCGGCUGGGCCUUCUGGGUGCGCGGCGCGGGUAGGUCGCGCUGCUUCCGUGAAACAGCGGCUCGUGAAGACCCCGUGGCGACCUACAUGCCCAAGACCUCCGGGCCUAGAGAGACUCAGUCCUCAUUGCUCCUGGCUCCCCAUUCUGCCCUCUUUGGAAUCUGCUGGCCCUGAGAGAUCUGUGAAAAGAGGAGAAAAUGGCCCCAGGAUUCCUGGCAGCAAGACCCUCACACUGCCUUCUGAGGUUUCUGCCCUUCUUCAGGAAGAGGAGGAAAUGCCCAAAUUACAGGAGCUGGUGACGUUCCAGGAUGUGGCUGUGGACUUUACCGAGGAGGAGUGGGAGCAUCUGGAUCCCUCUCAGAGGCACCUGUACAGAGAAGUGAUGUUGGAGAACUAUGGGAAUCUCAUCUCCUUGGCAGGACAUCUGCUGUCCAAACCAGAAAUGAUUUCCCAUUUUGAACAAGAAGAUGAUGUGUGGAUGGAGAAAAAAAUACCAAGAAGCUCCUAUUCAGGAGGCAAGCCCUGCCGCUGCAUGGAGUGUUCCAGAGUCUUCAACUCAGAAUUUGCUCUGAGAAGGCACAGGAAGGACCACAUGGGAAAGAAACCUCACACAUGUGAGGAAUGUGGGAAGGACUUCAGCCGUAGCUCCAACCUGUCCAUCCAUCGGCGAAUACACACAGGCGAGAAGCCCUACAGAUGUGGUGUGUGUGGGAAGGACUUCAGCCGCAGCUCCAACCUCUCUAUCCACCAGCGCAUCCACACAGGUGAGAAACCCUUCAGGUGCUCUGACUGUGGCAAGGACUUCAGCCGCAGGGCAGCCCUGCAGAUCCACCAGAGUGUCCACACAGGAAGGAAGCCCCAUGCCUGUAAGGUAUGUGACCGGGGCUUCACCUCACGCUCUACGCUGGCACGACACCAGCAGGACCACGCAGGAGACAAGGCCUAUGUGUGUGACACAUGUGGCCGGGGCUUCAGCCAGAGAGCCAGCCUCUACCUGCACCAGCGUGUUCACACUGGGGAAAGGCCAUUCCGGUGCGAGGCCUGUGGGAAGUGCUUCAGCUGGAGCAAGGACCUGGGUAUCCACCAGAGGGUCCACACGGGAGAGCGGCCCUACAGGUGUGAGGCUUGUGGGGGGGACUUCAGGCAUCGCUCGGCCCUCAAGAGGCACCAGAGGGUGCACACAGGGGAGAAGCCCUACCCCUGUGCUGUGUGUGGGAAGGGCUUCAGUCAGAGAGUCCACCUGCAGACGCACCAGAAAGUGCACUGUAGGGAGAGGCUUCCAGGAUUGGGCUCUGCACAUGCAGGUGCCUUCCACAGCCAGGGAGAGUGCCAGGGCAUGGGUGCCGAGGUGCCCAACAUGGAUCAGGCUUAAUGAUGUAUGGCAUUUAUUAGUAUUUAUACAGAAAAGAGGACAGAUCAACAGCACUUAGAUGGAGAAAUAGAACAUUUUCAGCCCUCCCAAAAGACCUCUGCAUGCUUCUUUCCACUCACUACCCCACAAAGGGAGUUGCUAUCCUGACUUCUAAAACCAUAGAUUGAUUUUGCAAGUUAUAGAAUAUCAUAUAAGUGGAAUUACACAAUAUGUAAUCUUUCAUAUAGAACUUUAUUCACUCAAUGUCUGCAUCCAUGUUGUUGCAUGUAUUCAGAGGUUCAUUCAUUUUAUUACUGAGUAGUAUUCCAUUAUUUGAAUGAACCACAGUUUGUCCAUUCACCUGUUGAUGGACGUUUACAUUUGGGUUAUUUCCAGGUUUUCCAGGUUUUGUUCGUUAUGAAUAAAGCUGCUGUGAGCAUAUUGGUACCCAUCUUUGUGUGGACAUAUACUUUAAUUUCUCUUGGGUAUAUACUUUGGAGUAGAAUUGAUGGGGUAUUUUUUUAAUUAUUUAUUUUUUAAGAUUUUUUUCGAUGUGGACCAUUUUUUUAAAAGUCUUUAUUGAAUUUAUUACAAUAUUGCUUCUGUUUUAUGUUUUGGUUUUUUGGCCACGAGACAUGUGGGAUCUUAGUUCCCCAACCAGGGAUUGAACCUGCACCCCCUGCAUUGGAAGGCAAAGUUUUAACCACUGGACCACCAGGAAAGUCCCUUGAUGGGUAUUUUAAAACUUGUAAAAAACUGGGCUUAAUUGUCUUGUACAUUGGAUUUUUACACGUACUUGGAAAAUUUCAAACAAAUACAGAAAUGGAACAGUGUAACAAACACUCAUGUCCCCAUCAUCUAGCUUCAGUAAUCAAUUCAUGAUGAAUUUUGUUUAUUCUAUUCCACCCUGCUCCCUCACACACAGUCCUGAAGUAUUUUAAAGUAAAUCCUAGACUAGGAUAUUGUGUCAUCUUUAUACCUUCAAAAAAUAAAGAUUUGUUUAAAAUGUUUUUCCAAAGAAUCACUCUGUUUAAAAAUUUUUUUUAUUAAGGUAAAAUUCAGAAAACAAAAUUCACCAUUUUAACCAUUUCAGAGUAUAGUAUUCAAUAGUUUUUAAUAUAUUCACAAUGUUGUACAAUCAUCACCACUGUCUGAUUCUAGAAUAUUUUCAUCAGGCCAGAAAGAAACCCCAUUACUAUUAAGCAGUCACUUUUCAUUCUCUGCCUCCCCCAGCCUCUGGCAACCACUAAUGUACUUUCUGUUGCUAUAGAUUUGCCUAUUCUGGACACUUCAUAUAAAAGGAGUCAGACAAUAUGUGCCCUUUUAUGUCUGGCUUCUUUCACUUAGCAUAAUGUUUUCAAGGUUCAUUUAUGUUGUAGCAUGUAUUAGUACUUCAUUCUUUUUAUGGCCAAACAAUAUUUCAUUGUAUGGAUAUACAACAUUUUAAAAUCCAUUUUUAAGUUGACGGACAUUCGGAUUUUUUCCAGUUUUGGGGUUUUAUGAAUAAUGCUACCAUAAACAUUCAUAUACGAGUUUUUCAUUGAGCAUAUGCUUUUAAUUCUUUUGGGUAUAUAUGGAGGAGUGGAAUUAGUGGGUCAUAUGAUCAUUCUGUUUUACUGUUUGAGGAACUGCUGAAUUGUUUUCCACAGAUCCAUUUAAUCUUGCCAUCAGCAAUGUAUUUGGGUCCCACUUGCUCCACAUCCUCAGCAACACUUGUCAUUUCCCAUAUUUUGUUUGUUUGUUUAUUUUGUUUUUAAUCAUAGCCAUGCUAGUGGCUGUGAAGUGGUAUCUUACUGUGAUUUUGAUUUACGUUUCCCUAAUUACUAAUGAUGUUGAACUUCUCUUUAUGUGUUUACUGGCCAUUUGUAUAUCUUCUUUAGAGAAAUGUAUAUUCAAGUGCUUUGCCCAUUUUUAAAUUGGAUUGUUUAUCUUCUUGUGUUUGAGUUGCAAUAGUUAUUUAUAUAAUCCCAGGCCCUUAUGAAUAUAUUAUUUGCAAAGAUUUUGUCCCAUUCUUUGGAUUGUGUUUUCGUUUUCUUGUUGGUGUCCUUUGAUGUGUAAAAGUUUUUAAUUUUGAUGAAGUCCAAUUUAUUCUUUUCUCUUGAUGCUUGUGCUUUUGCUGUCAUAUUUAAGAAAUAGUUACAUAAUGCAAAGUCACAAAAAGUUAUACCUAUUUUUCCUUUUAAGAGUUUUAUAGUUUUAGCUCCUACAUUUACGUUUGAUCCAUUUUGAAUCAAUUUUUGUAUAUAGUAUGAGGUAGAAGUCCAUAUUAGUUCUUUUCCAUGUUGAUACCCAAUUGUCCCAGCACCAUUUGUUGAAAAGACUAUUCUUUCCCCAUUGACUAGUCUUGAACCCUUCCUGAAAAUCAGUUGACCAUAUGUAUGGGUUUAUUUCUGGACUCUAAAGUCAAUUCCACUAAGCUGGGACUUACCUGGCAGUCCAGUGGUUGGGACUCUGCACUUCCACAGCAGGGGCCAGGUUCAAUCCCUGGUCAGGGAACUAGGAUCCUGCCUGCCAUACACCAUGGCCAAAAAAAAAAAAAUCAACAUCAAUUCCAUUGAUCUAUAUGUCUGUCUUUGUGCCAGUACCAUACUGGUUUGAUUACUGUAACAUUGUAGUAAGUUUUGAAAACAAGAAAUGUGAGUCCUCCAAUUUUGUUCUUCAAGAAAAAAGAUAUUUUUGGUCAUUCCUUUGCAAUAACAAUAUGACUUUUAGAGUCAGCUUGUCCAUUUCUUCAAAAAAGGCUAUUGGGAUUAUGAUAUGGAUUGCACUGACUCUGCAGUAACUUUGGGGAGUAUUGCCAUCUUACCAACAUUAAGUCUUCCAGUCCAUGAACACAGGAUGCUUUUCUGUUUAUUUGGUUUUCUUUAAUUUCUUUCAACAAUAUGUGUUGUAGUUUUCAGUGUACAAGUCUUAUACCUCAUUAGUUCAACUUAUUCUUAAGUACCUUAUUAAUGUUAUUGUAAAUGGAAUUGUUUUCUUAAUUUCAUUUUUGGGUUCAUUGCUGGUGUAUGGAAAUACAACUCAGUUUUGUAUAUCAAUUUUGUAUCCUGCAAUUUUGCUGAACUCGUUUAUUAGCUCUAAUGGUUUUUUAGUGGAUUCUUUAGAGUUUUCUAUAAGAUCAUAUUAUCUGUGAAUAGAUAGUUUUAUUUUUUCCUUUUCAAUUUGGAUACCAUUUAUUUCUUUUUCUUGCCCAAUUGCCCUGGCUAGAACUUCCAGGACAAUGUUUAAGAGACCUGUUGAGAGCAGAUAUUCUUGUAUUGUUUCUUGUCUUAGAAGGGAAAGCUUUCACCAUUAAGUGUGAUAUUAGUUAUAGGUAUUUCCAUACAUGCCCUUUUUCCUUCAUUCUGUUAAUAUAAUGUAUUCCAUUAAUGGAUUUUCCAGUAUUGAACCAGCCUUGCAUUUCUGGGAUACAUUCCAUUUAGUCAUGGUGCAUACAGUAAUUCUUUUAAUAAGCUGCUUGAUUCAAUUUGCUAGUAUUUUGUUGAGGAUUUUUGCAUCUAUAUUCAUAAACAAUAUUGGUCUGUAGUUUUUCUCUUCUGUGAUGUAUAUAAGUGGCUUUGAUAUGAGGGUAAUAUUGGCCUCAUAGAAUGAGUUAGGAAGUGUUCCCUCCUUAUCUUUUUGAGGGGAAAAUUUGAGAAGUAUUGUUAAUUUUUCUUUAAAUGUUUGGUAGAAUUCACUGGCGAAGCCAUCUGAUUCUUAACUUUUCUUUGUUAGAAGUUGUCUCAGUCAAUUCAAGGUGCUAUAACAAAAUACCAUAAACUGGGUGGCUUAAACAAAAAACAUUUACUUCUCACAGUUCUGGAAGCUGGGGAGUCCAAGAUCAAGGGGCCAGCAGAUAUGGUGUCUGUUCUUGCUGUAUCCUCACAUGGCAGAGAAGAGAGACAGAGAGAGAGAGAGAGGGAGAGACAGGGUGCACUCUCUGGUUUCUUCUUCUAACUAGUCCAAUCAUGGGCACCCUGCCAUCAUGACUUCAUCUAAACCUAAUUAUCUCCCAAAGACUCCACAUCCAAAUAUCAUCCAUCAUGUUGGAGGUUAGGGCUUCAAUAUUAAUUUUGUGGGAGAUACAAACGUUUAGUCCAUAACAGAAGUUAUUUGUUUACUGAUUCAAUCUCUUGUCAUAGAAAGGCAUACUUCUCUUGAAUAGGUUUUGAUAGUUUGUGUGUUUCUAGGAAUUUUCCCAUUUCAUCUAGGUCAUCUAAUUUGUUACCAUAAAAUUGUUCAUAAUAUUAUUUUAUAAUCCUUUUUAUUUCUGUAAGUUCAGUAGUAAUGUCUCCUCUUUCAUUCAUGAUAUUAGUAACUUGAAUCUUCUCCCUUUUUUUCUUAGUCUGUGAUUACCAAUUUUGUUGAUAUUUUCAAGGAACUAACUUUUGAUUUUGUUGAUUCUCUACUGUUUUUCUAUUUUUUGUUUAUAUCCUUUCUAAUAUUUAUCAUUGCCUUCCUUCUGCUUCCUACUUUACAUUUCUUUGCUCUUCUUUUUCUAGUUCCUUAAGGUGGAAGGUUAGGUUAUUGAUUCGAAAUUUUUCUUCCUUUUAAUGUAGCAGUUUAUAGGUAUGAAUUUCCCUCUGAGUACUGCAUUAGCUGUAGCCCAUAAAUUUUAGUGUGUUGUGUUUUUGUCUUCAUUUAUCUCAAAGUAUUUUCUAAAUUUGUUGUGAUUUUUUUCUUUGAUUAAGAAUGUGAAUUAAUUUCCAUGUAUUGUGAAUAUUCAUAUUUCCUUCUGCUGUUGAUUUCUAAUUUCAUUCCAUUUUGGUCAGAGAAGAUACUAUGUAUGGUUUCAGAGUUUAUACAUUUAUUGAAGCUUGUUUUGUGAUAUAAGGUAUUGUCUGUCCUGAAGAAUAUUUCAUGUACACUUGAGAAAACUGUUUAUUCUGAUGUUGGAUGGAGUGUUUUAUAUAUGUCUGUUCAGUCUAGUUGGUUUAUAGUGUUAUUCAAUUCUUCUAUUUCCUUGUUGAUCUUCUAUCUCGUGUGUCCAUUAAAGGAUGUGGGGUAUUGAAGUCUUAAGCCAUUAUUAUUGAACUAUUUCUCCUUUCAAUCUUGUCAGUUUUACUUCAUAUAUUUUGGGGCUCUGUUGUUAGUUGCAUGUAUGUUUGCAAUUGUUAUAUCUUUUGAUAGGUUGACACUUUAGUUAAUAUAUAAUGUCCUUGUCUUUUGUAAUGUUUUCUGGUUUAAAGUCUAUUUUGUCUAAUAUUAUAACAAUUCCAAAACUCUUUGAAUUAUUAAUUGCAUAAAAUGUCUUUUUCCAUCUUUUCACUUUGAAACUGUCUUUGCAUCUAAAGUGAGUCUUUUGUAGACAGCAUAUAAUUAGAUCUUUUAAAAAAUCUUGUCUGCCAAUCUCUGCCUUUUAAUUAGAGAGUUUAAUCUGUUUUCAUUUAAAUAAUUACUGAUAAGACAGGACUUCUGCCAAUUUGCUAUUUGUUUCAUAUGUAUACAUGUUUUGUUCCUCAAAUUCCUUCAUUAUUGCCAUUUUUUAUUUUUAAUCGAGUUUUUUUGUAGUGUACCAUUCUGAUUCCCUCUUCAUUUCUCUUUCUGUAUAUAUAUAUAUUUUUUUCUUAGUGAUUUCUUGGGAUUACAAUUGACAUUUUAUUUUAUUUAUUAUUAUUAUUUUUUGGCCGUGCAGUGUGGCUUGCGGGCUCUUAGUUCCCCAGCUAUGGUUGAACCUGGGCCCCAGCAGUGAAAGUGCUGAGUCCUAACCACUGGACCACCAGGGAAUUCCCUACAAUUGACAUUUUAAACUUAUAACAAUCUAGUUUGAAUUAAUACCAACUUUGCCUCGGUAGUAUACAAAAACUCUGCUCCUGUACAGCUCUAUGCCCUCUUUUUAUUAUUGUCACAAAUUACAUCUUUUUACAGGUGUGCCCAUCAAUAUAGAUUUAUAAUUAUUUUUUCAUGCAUUUGGCUUUUUAAAAAACUAGUUAUUUAUUUAUUUGGCUGUGCCAGGUCUUAGUUGUGGCACAUGGGAUCCUUGUUGCUGCGUGUGGGACCUUUGUUGCAGCAUGUGGGAUCUUCAGUUGCGGCAUGUGAGCUCUUAGUUACAGCAUGCAGGAUCUAGUUCCCUGACCAGGGAUUGAACCCAGGCCCCCUGUGUUGGGAGCAUGGAGUCUUAACCACUGAACCACCAGGGAAGUCCCCACGCAGUUGUCUUUUAAUUCAUAUAGGGGUCAAAAUGAGUUAUAGACCACAUAUACACUAAUACUGACUUCUGUAUUUACCUAUGUAGUUAUUUUACUGGCAUUCUUUAUUUCUUCAUGUGGAUUUGGGUUAUUGUCUAGUGUCAUUUUGUUUCAGCCUGAGGGGUUCUCUUUAGCAUUCCCUGAAGGGCAGGUCAAUACUGAUGAACUUUCAUCUGGGACCAUCUUAAUUUCUUCUUUAUUUCUGAUGGAUAGUUUAACUGGUUAUAGAAAUCUUGACUGACAAUUUUGGUUUUUCUUUUUCAGCAGUUUGAAUAUGUCAUCUUAUUGCCUCUGGCCUUCAUGGUUUCUAAUGAGAAAUCAGCUGUUAAUUUUGUUAAUGAUUCUGUAUACAUGAUGAAUGGCUUCUCUCUUACUGCUUUAAGUAUUCUCUCUUUAUCUUUGGCUUUCAACAAUUUGAUUAUAACGUGUCUGCCUGUGAAUCUUUUUCAAUUUGUCCUAUUUCGAGUUUCUUGAGCUUCUUAGAUGUAUAGAUCCAUGUUUUUCAUCAAAUUUGGAAAGUUUUUGGCCAUUACUUUCAAAUAUUCUUUCUUCCUCUCCCCUACCCAGUUUGAGACUACCAUUUUAUGUAUGUUUGUAUGCUUGAAAACGUCCCAUAGUUCUCUUAUUCAUUUUUCUUUUUCUUUUUCUUUUUCUUUUUGCUCCUCAGACUGGAUAAUUUCAUUUGAUUUAUCUUCAAGUUUGUCAAUUGUUUCUUCUGCCUGUUCAAAUCUGCUAUUGAAUCUUCUAGUGAAUUUUUCAUACCAAUUAUUGUACUUUUCUGCUCCAGAAUUUCCAUGUAGUUCAUUUUUGUAAAUUCUUUUUCUUUAUUGAUAUUUUCUAUUUGGUGAAACAUUGUUCUUGUGGUUUCCUUUCACUCUUUGAACAUAUAUAAAAUAAUUGAUUUAAAGUCUUUGCCUAUUAGGUCUUUGUCUAGAAAGUCUUUGUCUGUCUGAGCUUUUCCAGGGACAGUUUCUAUUAAUUUCCUUCCCACCUUCCCCGGUGGAUGAACUGUACUUUCUUUUUAUUCAUUUUAUUUAUUUAUUUAUUUAUUUAUUUAUUUAUUUAUGGCUGUGUUGGGUCUUUGUUGCUGUGCAUGGGUUUUUCUCUAGUUGUGAGCGGGGACUACUCUUUAUUGUGCAUGGGCUUCUCAUUGUGGUGGCUUCUCUUGUUGCGGAGCACAGGCUUUAGGCACGCGAGCUUUGGUAGUCGUGGCACUCGGGCUCAGUAGUUGUGGCUCACGGGCUCUAGAGCGCAGGCUCAGUAGUUGUGGCACAUGCAUGGGCUUAGUUGCUCCUUGGCAUGUGGGAUCUUCCCGGACCAAGGCUCAAACCCAUGUCCCCUGCAUUGGCAGGCACAUUCUUAACCACUGCGCCACCAGGGAAGCCCAAUAUUCAAUAUUUGAACUGGGUCGGAGGAUGUAGCUUGAGGGGGAAUACUGACUUUUCCAUAUAGAAUUAAAUAAAUGGAGGAAGAAAACUGAUGAAAAAUGCCUGAAGGCAUAGGGAAAAAGAAAAGCAGAAUUUUAAAAAAAUGAGUCCAAAAGUAGCAAUAUACCACAGUGACUAAGUUUGUGGACUUGGAAGCCAGUCUUUGUGGGUACAAAUUCUUGCUUUCCACUUUCUGUGUAACAUUGGGCAAAGCUUUCUAGUACCUUUUCUGGUCUUACUUUUCACAUCUAAAAAAUAUGAAUAAUUGUACAUUUCUUAGGAUGAAAUGGUAUAAUCCAUUGUUAUAACCAAUGUAAAAUACUACACAUAGGCCUGGCACAUCAUAAUUGUUCAAAUUAAUGUUACUAUUAUUAUUAAUUCAAUAAAAUAAUGUGUUGAGUUA